AUGGCAGGAUUCAUUCAAAAGAUUAAGAAUGUUGUGGCUGGUGGACCAUCAAAGUCCGACUCCAAUUUUGAGGGCAGUCGUAAAGAGUUCAAGUUGGUCGGAGAGUACAUCAUAGCCAUCGAUGCAUCACUAAAGAAGAGAGUUAAGAAUCUUAGAAAAACAUUCAUCCAUCCCGAUUGUGUCAGCAAGACCAUCGUCAAGUACUUUAACAACGACCAUCCACUGGCGUUGAACUGUGUAGAGUCAUCUAAAUUGAUUGAGAACUCCUUCAACGCAUGGAAUGAUAGUCAACAGAGUAAUUAUGAAACGAUAUCAAGGAUGGUGGCACGUGUAAAGUCAAUCAAGGAUUCGAUAAGUGCACGUGAUCAAUAUUUGAUGGACUUGGAGAACUCGGAUACAAAGUUAAAGUCACUCAGAGAGAAGCCACCAAAGGAUGUCAGCAAGUUGCCGGCUGAGGAGGCCAACAACAAGUUGAAGCGUGGCGCCUACCAGACAAAGAACCAGUCGACCAUGUCCGAGAUCCAUCAAUUCUUUGAGGACAAGCCCGACAACUUUGACAUCCCCCUCAUGCACAUCCAGGAGUCCAUGUCACAGCUGUUCUCCAACAUUCACAACAACCUUCUCGAGUGCUCAGAGCUGCUCCAGAAGCCGCCACCCUACACCAACCCCAUCACAAUAUAUCUCUCAGACGUGGGCAACAAUGACUACAGUGGAAACACAAGUGUCAGCAACAACAGCAUCAGUGUCAGCAAGAGCCCAUCUUCCAACUCAUUGGCCUCUCCACCACAGCAAUCACAACCAAAGCCUGUGGCAGUGCCAGCGCCACAGCCAGUGGUCGAGAGCACCCCGGCACCUCCACAACUGCAAGGCCCACCAGUCGACUUGGACAAGCCAAUCGGCCCAUUCACAAAGAAGAAGUUGAUGGUGCAUAAUGAUGUACUCUUCAAGCCACCACAACAGCCAGUGGCCCUUGAGAAGCACUCAUCAUCGGGCACAGGUGCCGCUGCACCAGUCGCCGCUGCACCCGCACCCGUAAGCUUGAAAUCAACAUCAAAGAGCAACAGUUUCACACAGCAGUCUUCACAGCCACAACAGACACCUACUACAGCCAAGAGCGCCAGCUUCAUUGGCGCCACACCAGUGUCAAAGCAACCUGCCGCCAAUACUUCAACAGAGACCCGCGGAGUCUUGCCAUCGCAAGUCCGUUCAGGCGCUGCCACAACCACCCCAAUCAUAACACCUGGCAUUGUCACAAGACCUGCUCCACAGUCAAACCCACCUGUUUCCGCAGCUUCUGCCCCUGCCCCCACACAAAGCAAGGGCGUAGGCAUCACUCCAACCAAUGGACUCGCAAAGCCACCACAACAACCAUCAGUGCUCACCAAGCCCAAGGUUGGUUUGGCACCAACUGCCCCAACAACACCUGCCCCCGCCCCAGCGACUAGCAAGGCACCAUUAAUGGCUUCGAACAAGGCAGGCCCACUGUCGGCAAACUUUGCCAAACACAAGGAGCUCUAUGGAUCACACAAGAAGUUCAAGCUAGUGCAGACAUUGAACCGAUCAUCACUGGGCAUAUACGACUUUGGAACAAGCGCACCCAACCUCAAGGCCAACCGUUGGAGCAUUAUAAUGCCAGCCCCACCCUCAUCACUGGCCCAGAACGUUCGCAGCUCAGGCCUCGAAGUGUACGAUUACAAUGGCAAGUUCUUGGCCAAUGCCGAGGUCGUGCCAACCGACUACCAUUACGUAUAUCGUGCCCUGCUCCCAACCGACGGCAUGGCCGACGCUGAGAAGGGCAGGAUCAAGGCCAAGUUCAUCAUUGAGGCCGACCUCUACAAGGUGAGCAUGGUCGAGACACAGCAAUGGGACCCCAACGUAACGCCAUUGCAGCAAGAGGAGCUGAGCUAUUACACUCGUGCGUCUGAGACCUACACGCUGGACGACCCAAUCUUUGUGGACUUUGUACAGAGCAACAACUUGGUGGUGCAAUCGGACGAGACGGCCCUCUGCUUCGCCUACAGGGUCAACCUCUUCUUCAACGAGUACUUCAAGUACAACGACGAGCACGGCUGGAAGCCCAUCACCACGACCAUCACCAUCAAGAAGGGCGACUGCGGCUGUCUGGCGCUGCUCUACAACUCGGUGCUGCGCAAGCAGGGCAUCCCCGCCCGAUCAAUCAUUGGACGUGGCGGCGACUACAACUCGGACACUGGCGUGCAGCCACAUUGCAAGUCCGAGGUGUACAUUGAAAACAUUGGAUGGGUGCCUGUCGAUGUCACCUGGAAUCUGACACAUCGCGACAAGUACUUUGGCCACGACUGCGGCGAGCUCAUCUGUUUCCACAUUGACGAGGUGUGCAACAUUGACUAUGGCGUGUGCAACCUCAUCAAGAACCAUUCCAUCAUUCAAAAGGGUUGCUAUGCCGCCGAGGGCAGUGGCAACUUUGACGGAUCACGUGCCACCGAUCAAUGGACCGUCAGGCCACUCAACUAA